ACAAGCCCUUCCAUAACGUGCAGCCAUGUCUACGGACGCCGAGAUGGCUGUUUUUGGGGAGGCAGCUCCUUACCUCCGAAAAUCAGAAAAGGAGAGAAUUGCAGCCCAGAACAAACCUUUUGAUGCCAAGACAUCUGUCUUUGUGGUUCAUGCAAAGGAGUCCUUUGUGAAAGGGACAAUCACAAGCAGGGAAUCAGGCAAAGUCACUGGCAAAUUCAUCAGAAUCCACUUUGGUGCCACAGGAAAACUGGCUUCUGCAGAUAUUGAAACAUAUCUGCUGGAGAAGUCCAGGGUCACUUUCCAGCUCAAGGCGGAAAGGAGCUACCACAUCUUUUAUCAGAUCAUGUCCAACAAGAAGCCAGAGCUAAUCGACAUGCUCCUCAUCACCACCAACCCAUAUGACUACCAAUUUGUGAGUCAAGGUGAGAUCACUGUCGCCAGCAUUAACGACCAGGAGGAGCUGAUGGCUACAGAUAGUGCCAUUGACAUCCUGGGCUUCAGUGCUGAUGAGAAAACAGCCAUCUACAAGCUGACAGGGGCUGUCAUGCACUACGGGAACCUGAAGUUCAAGCAGAAACAACGAGAGGAACAGGCAGAGCCUGAUGGCACCGAAGUUGCUGACAAGGCUGCCUACCUGAUGGGUCUGAACUCAGCAGACCUGCUCAAGGCCCUCUGCUACCCCCGAGUCAAGGUGGGGAAUGAAUACGUGACCAAGGGCCAAACUGUGCAGCAGGUGUACAAUGCUGUGGGUGCCCUGGCAAAGGCUGUCUAUGAGAAGAUGUUCCUGUGGAUGGUUGUCCGUAUCAAUGAACAGCUGGACACGAAGCAGCCCAGGCAGUACUUCAUUGGUGUCCUGGACAUUGCUGGCUUUGAGAUCUUUGAUUUCAACAGCCUGGAGCAGCUGUGCAUCAACUUCACCAAUGAGAAACUGCAACAGUUCUUCAACCACCACAUGUUCGUGCUGGAGCAGGAGGAGUACAAGAAGGAGGGGAUUGAAUGGGAGUUCAUUGACUUUGGCAUGGACCUGGCUGCCUGCAUUGAGCUCAUUGAGAAGCCCAUGGGCAUCUUCUCCAUCCUGGAAGAGGAGUGCAUGUUCCCCAAGGCAACUGACACCUCUUUCAAGAACAAGCUCUAUGACCAGCACCUGGGCAAGUCCAACAACUUCCAGAAGCCCAAGCCUGGCAAGGGCAAGGCUGAGGCCCACUUCUCCCUGGUGCACUACGCUGGCACAGUGGACUACAACAUCACUGGCUGGCUGGAGAAGAACAAGGACCCUCUGAAUGAAACUGUCAUUGGGCUGUACCAGAAAUCAUCUGUGAAGACCCUGGCAUUACUUUUUGCUUCUUAUGGUGGAGCAGAAGCAGAGGCUGGUGGUGGUGGUGGCGGCAAGAAGGGAGGCAAGAAGAAGGGUUCUUCUUUCCAGACUGUCUCAGCUCUUUUCAGGGAGAUGAGGGAUGAGAAGCUGGCACAGCUCAUCACCCGCACCCAGGCCAGGUGCAGGGGCUUCCUGAUGAGGGUGGAGUACCAGAGAAUGGUGGAGAGGAGGGAAUCCAUCUUCUGCAUCCAGUACAACAUUCGUGCAUUCAUGAAUGUCAAACACUGGCCAUGGAUGAAGCUGUUCUUCAAGAUCAAGCCCUUGCUGAAGAGUGCAGAGUCUGAGAAGGAAAUGGCCAACAUGAAACAAGAAUUUGAGAAAACCAAAGAAGAGCUUGCAAAGUCUGAGGCAAAGCGGAAGGAGCUGGAGGAGAAAAUGGUGAAACUGGUGCAGGAGAAAAAUGACCUGCAGCUACAAGUGCAGGCUGAAGCUGAUGCUUUGGCUGAUGCUGAGGAAAGGUGUGACCAGCUCAUCAAAACCAAAAUCCAACUGGAAGCCAAAGUCAAGGAGGUGACUGAAAGGGCUGAGGAUGAAGAGGAAAUUAAUGCUGAGCUGACAGCCAAGAAAAGGAAAUUGGAGGAUGAAUGUUCAGAGCUGAAGAAAGAUAUUGAUGACCUUGAGCUAACACUGGCCAAGGUGGAGAAGGAAAAACAUGCCACUGAAAACAAGGUGAAAAACCUGACUGAGGAGAUGGCAGCCCUGGAUGAGACCAUCGUGAAGCUGACAAAAGAGAAGAAAGCCCUCCAAGAGGCCCAUCAGCAGACCCUGGAUGACCUGCAGGCAGAGGAGGACAAAGUCAAUACUCUGACCAAAGCCAAGACCAAGCUGGAACAGCAAGUGGAUGAUCUGGAAGGGUCCCUGGAGCAAGAGAAGAAACUGCGCAUGGACCUGGAGAGAGCUAAGAGGAAACUGGAAGGAGACCUGAAGCUGGCCCAGGACAGCAUCAUGGAUUUGGAGAAUGAUAAGCAGCAGCUGGAUGAGAAACUGAAGAAAGCUGAGCUGGGGGAGCAGAUCGACAACCUGCAACGUGUGAAGCAGAAGCUGGAGAAGGAGAAGAGUGAGAUGAAGAUGGAGAUUGAUGACUUGGCCAGCAAUAUGGAGUCUGUUUCCAAAGCCAAGGCCAACCUGGAGAAGAUGUGCCGCACACUGGAAGACCAGCUGAGUGAGAUUAAGACCAAGGAAGAAGAGCAUCAGCGCAUGAUCAAUGACCUCAAUACUCAAAGAGCUCGUCUGCAGACAGAAGCAGGUGAAUAUUCACGCCAGGUAGAUGAGAAAGAUGCUCUUAUUUCUCAGCUGUCAAGAGGCAAACAGGCUUUCACCCAACAGAUUGAGGAACUGAAGAGGCAUCUGGAGGAAGAAAUCAAGGCCAAGAAUGCCCUGGCCCACGCCCUGCAGUCUGCUCGCCACGACUGUGACUUGCUCCGGGAACAAUAUGAGGAGGAGCAGGAGGAGAUUUCUGACCUCACAGAGCAGAUUGCUGAGCAAGGAAAGGCAAUUCACGAGCUGGAGAAAGUCAAGAAGCAGGUUGAGCAGGAGAAAUCUGAACUGCAAGCCUCCCUGGAGGAAGCUGAGGCCUCCCUGGAACAUGAAGAGGGGAAGAUCCUGCGCCUGCAGCUUGAGCUCAACCAAGUGAAGUCUGAGAUUGACAGGAAGAUAGCAGAGAAGGAUGAGGAGAUUGACCAGAUGAAGAGAAACCACCUCAGAAUUGUGGAGUCCAUGCAGAGCACUCUGGAUGCUGAGAUCAGGAGCAGGAAUGAAGCCCUGAGGCUGAAGAAGAAGAUGGAGGGAGACCUGAAUGAAAUGGAGAUUCAGCUGAGCCAUGCCAACCGUGUGGCUGCAGAGGCACAGAAGAACCUGAGAAACACCCAGGCAGUGCUCAAGGACACCCAGAUCCAUCUGGACGAUGCUCUCAGGACACAGGAUGACCUGAAGGAGCAGGUGGCCAUGGUGGAACGCAGAGCAAACCUGCUGCAGGCUGAAAUUGAGGAGCUCCGGGCAGCCCUGGAGCAGACGGAGAGGUCAAGGAAACUGGCUGAGCAGGAGCUUCUGGAUGCAAGUGAGAGAGUUCAGCUUCUCCACACUCAGAACACCAGCUUGAUCAACACCAAGAAGAAGCUGGAAACAGACAUUGCCCAGAUCCAGAGUGAAAUGGAGGAUACCAUCCAGGAAGCCCGCAAUGCUGAGGAGAAGGCCAAGAAGGCCAUCACAGAUGCGGCCAUGAUGGCAGAAGAGCUGAAGAAGGAGCAGGACACCAGUGCCCACCUGGAGAGGAUGAAGAAGAACCUGGACCAGACAGUGAAGGACCUGCAGCACCGCCUGGAAGAGGCCGAGCAGCUGGCACUGAAGGGAGGGAAGAAGCAGAUCCAGAAGCUGGAGGCCAGGGUGCGGGAGCUGGAAGGGGAGGUUGAUGCUGAGCAGAAGCGCAGCGCUGAAGCCGUGAAGGGCGUGCGCAAGUACGAGCGCAGGGUGAAGGAACUGACCUACCAGUCUGAGGAAGACAGGAAGAAUAUUCUCAGACUGCAGGAUCUGGUGGACAAGCUGCAAAUGAAAGUGAAAUCCUACAAGAGACAAGCUGAGGAGGCUGAGGAGCUGUCCAAUGUCAACCUGUCCAAGUUCCGCAAGAUCCAGCACGAGCUGGAGGAAGCCGAGGAGCGGGCUGACAUUGCAGAGUCACAGGUCAACAAGCUCCGAGCCAAGAGCAGGGAGAUUCAUGUCAAGAAAAUAGGAGAGGAAGAGUGAGAAUGUCAUGAGGAAGCAAAGUGACCUGAGGGGCUGCACAAAAUGUGAACCCUCUGUCACUUCCUUCUUGAAGUGUUCAUAACCGUGUCAAUAUGUAGAGAAUAAAUACAAUAGAUUUCUUCGCAUACACAGCAGAA